GAGAGAGGGGGCAUGAUUUUCGCUGUCGGUGAAGUCGGUGGGUCUUGUCAAAAAGCGACGGAGCUCGCGCAGAUGACACGUACGCGACUGUCACAUACGUAGUGCGUUCGGUGCCGAUACCAGACGAGUGGAUGAAAAGGGCGAGGAAGGGGUGCAGAAGCGUCGAGAACGGGCACGGUCUUCAUCUCCAGAAUGCGGUGCAGCUGUGACACCUCGCGCGCCAAGGUCGUCCACGAAGAUCAUCACGUUACACCCGCACGCGGCAGCCUUCGCAGCUCGUCAUGAGACUCGGACGAUGUACGGCGCUGUCCGUAUCGAAGAACCGGUGAGGGAUAAAGUGAAAGGUCGAACGUGAAGCUCCCGCUACCGCUUGUUGACCGGAGCGACGAAUGUUUAAUGCCUAAUCAAACAAAAUCGAUUAGUGUCGGCGUGUGAGUGACGUGAACUUCUUUGGCUUUUGUCCUGGAUUGAUUUACCAAAGUGUACUCUCUUACAAAAUUACUGCGUUGUUACAUGUACUUAGCGCACGGCUGCGUCUUUUGAUAUCGUGCAACUUUAAUCGAAAGUACAAUACUCGCUGGUAAGUGACUGAAUUAAAAACUGAACAAUGCAAAAAAAUGAUUGAUCGAUGUUUGGAAGAAUAAGAAUGGAUAUGGAGUGUAGAUAUUUAUCAUCACAAAACUUGAAAAUUAUUCCGUCGCAACUUGACAGUAAACUGGAUGCCUAGCAUGAUUAGAUGCCUAAAAGAAAAAAAAGAAAUAAGGAAAUUUUUCCUUUAGAAGAAAAAUUUUUUGAGAAGAUUCUUUGAAAAGAACUAAUUCAUCUGUAUUAUUUGAUUAGUCUAAGGAUUUUCAUCUGGACAAUAUUGGUGUGUGAUUCUCGAGUGUUUGGUGUUACCUAGUAAAGAUUUUUAACGAGAGUUUCAAGCGGGUUUCUUGUAGCUGGAAGACUUUUCGUGCUUAAGGCUCCAGCGAGAAGACAUCAUGUUGGUGGGUGAAUUUUAUCCUCCGCCGCCUGGUUCUUUUAAUCGUCAAGGUGAACCGGGCCAAUCCUUGCCGACGGUUCCAUCUAUCCCCUUUCCGAAUACAUCUGAUAACAAUAAUGCAGAACCGUCCGUUUCCGUGAAGACGGAGUCUGGUCUUCUGGAGACGAUCUGCGCCAACUGUGGCCGCACCAUCGCCGACAAGUACGUGAUGAGAGUCGCCGAGAGGAAUUAUCACGAAGAUUGCCUCUCGUGCACGGCCUGCGGCACAAUGCUGUCGCACUCGUGCUUCAUACGCGACUUCAAGCUCUACUGCCGUUCCGAUUACGAAAAAAUCUUCGGGGUGAAGUGCGCGCGAUGCAUGGUGAAAAUCAGCUGCUCGGACCUGGUGAUGCGGCCGGUGUCCGGCUUGGUCUUUCACGUGGAGUGCUUCGCGUGUUGCAUGUGCGGCCAGCCGUUGCCGAGAGGUGCACACUACAUCCUCAGACAGGGCCAACCGAUCUGCAGACGGGAUUUCGAGCACGAAUUAUUUUUAAAUAGUCCGCAAGAGGAUGACUUACUGGACGAGAAUCGACCAAGGGACGGCCGUCGGGGUCCAAAACGACCGCGGACGAUUCUCACGUCGGCACAGCGGCGUCAAUUCAAGGCGUCCUUCGAGGUGUCUCCGAAGCCCUGUAGGAAGGUGCGAGAAGCCCUGGCCAAGGAUACUGGCCUCAGCGUGCGCGUUGUUCAAGUAUGGUUCCAAAAUCAGCGUGCAAAGAUGAAGAAGCUUCAGAGAAAAGCCAAAACUGAGCCCGGAUCCGACAAAGAGCCGAAGGAAGAGCGAAGGGCGGAAAGUCCGCACAGCGAUCACAGUCAUUACUUGAACGCCCUGAACAUGCGCGAUGGGGAAUCUUCUAACUUCCCCUCAGCCACCCAACCGCUCAACCCCAAUAACCCGUACUCGCCCGACGACGCGUACCCGGGACAUUCGGGGGAGAGCUUUUGUAGCAGCGACUUGUCCCUGGACGGCACGGAUGGCGGCUUCGAUAUCGGCGAGAACGACGGCGGUGGCGCGGACGGCAGUCAUCAAGGUGCUUCGCAUUCCCACCACGGCUCAUCAUCGCACGACACCCCGUCACUGUCGCAGAGCCUGCACGCGACUAUACACGACCCCAUCAACAAACUGUUCAUGAUGCAGAGUAGUUAUUUCAGUAGUGAACACGCGUAAUCCAAGUUUCCCCUCUUCUCUCUGGCGUUCGUCGAUUAUUUCGCUCUUCUCGUCGACUGCCCCACUUUUUGUACCUCCUCUUACCUUUUCUAUCAAUCGGCUUGUUUUAAUAGAGAAGUCGACAUCGCAUUUUCUUUUCCGCUUUCUUGCCACGAGAUAAUAAUUGCGGCCAAUUUGUCGAGAGCAGGUACUUUUUCGUUUUACGUGAUUUGUUGUUAACCCAUUUCUGGCCAACGUUGCAGAAGCGCAAUAUUUUUUGUGUUUUAUCCUUAUAUGAUUCAGGAUAUUUUCAAAUGUCCGAAUUUGCAUCGUCGACGCAACGUCAAAGUGUCAACAGUUUUCCAAAAACAUUUGCUAUUUUUUUUGUCAAUAUAAAAUCUGUAUUCCUUUGUGUGUAAUAAAUACAUAUUCAUAAGCACGCUACAAAGAAUGUUAUUAUAAAACUUUCCUUGUCCUGUUUCUCAUUCUGUAGCAAAAGAACAACGGAUCCGAUUAACGUUGCGUAAUUUUUUGUUCGCAGGGAAGAGAGAGAGCCAAAUCUUUUUGACGAUUGUUUCUUGUCCUUAAUAGUUUGAACGACUAUAACGAAUUAUCGCAAUAAAUUCUUUUUUUUUCUGGGUUUGGCUAAAAAUGGGUUAAGAAGAAAAAUCAUCGAUACGAUGUAUCAUUGAUGUGACGCGAGAAAUAAUCAAAAUAAAUGCUUGUGAUGAAUACAAUUCUUUUUAACAAUUAAUAUCUAUAUAUGUAUUAAUUACAUUAUUUUCUACAAAAUAGUCUAAGCUCGUCAAGCUAACUAGGUAAGUUUAUCGGCAUCAUUGUAUGUAACGAUUAACAUGUAGCAAUAAUAAUAAUGAAAUUAAUAAUAAUGAUAUAUCA